GCAUACUAUGUCCGGUAUCUCACUGGACACUUCAACAAGAAGGAGGUCGUACAUCAAAGACUUUUGUGUCGCUACUCCAGAAGAGUUUGUGAAAAAUUUUGGAGGAUCAGUUGUUAUUAACAAGGUUCUCAUUGCAAACAAUGGAAUUGCUGCUGUCAAAUGCAUGCGCUCUGUGCGUCGAUGGGCCUAUGAGAUGUUUCGGAACGAGCGCGCCAUCAAGUUUGUGGUCAUGGUCACACCUGAAGACUUGAAAGCUAAUGCAGAGUACAUCCGCAUGGCUGACCAGUAUGUGCCAGUCCCCGGUGGCACCAACAACAACAACUACGCCAAUGUGGAACUUAUCUUGGAUAUUGCAAAGCGUAUCCCGGUGCAGGCGGUCUGGGCAGGCUGGGGUCACGCCUCAGAGAACCCUAAACUGCCAGAGCUACUUCACAGGAAUGGAAUUGAAUUUAUAGGUCCUCCUGAGAACGCUAUGUGGUCGUUGGGAGACAAAAUCGCUUCCUCCAUCGUCGCACAGACAGCCGGGGUACCCACGCUACCCUGGAGUGGCUCGGGUUUGACUCUAAGCCCCGGUGACAUCAAAGGGAAGACUCUCAUUGUGCCCUCGGACCUUUACCGCAAAGGCUGCUCCGCUGAUUGUGAGGAGGGGUUGGAAGCUGCCAAAAGAAUCGGUUUCCCUGUCAUGAUCAAGGCCUCGGAGGGUGGUGGAGGAAAGGGCAUCAGGAAAGUUGAAAACGCAGAGGAGUUUCCCAACUUUUUCCGACAAGUACAACAGGAAGUGCCAGGUUCUCCGAUUUUCAUCAUGAAACUUGCGUCAGCUGCCCGCCAUCUGGAGGUCCAGCUACUGGCUGACAAGUAUGGCAACGCUAUUUCCCUCUUUGGCCGAGACUGCUCUAUCCAGCGGAGACAUCAGAAGAUUAUUGAAGAGGCCCCGGCAGUCAUAGCCAAGGCUGAUGUCUUUGAGAGGAUGGAAAAGGCUGCUGUGACUCUGGCUAAGAUGGUGGGCUAUGUGAGCGCGGGCACGGUGGAGUAUCUUUACAACGCUGAUGAAGACAACUUUCACUUCCUAGAGCUGAACCCCAGACUUCAGGUGGAGCACCCGUGCACAGAGAUGGUAGCAGACAUCAACCUGCCAGCGGCACAGCUACAGGUGGCGAUGGGUCUCCCUCUGUACCGAAUCAAGGACAUUCGAAUUCUGUAUGGCAUGGAGCCCUGGGGCGAUUCAGAAAUUGACUUUGACGAGCCACAAAUGAAACCUUGUCCCAGAGGUCAUGUGAUUGCUGCAAGAAUCACCAGUGAAAACCCAGACGAGGGAUUCAAACCCAGCUCAGGAACAGUCCAGGAGCUGAAUUUUCGCAGCAGCAAGAAUGUAUGGGGCUACUUCAGCGUCAUCGCCUCCGGUGGUCUGCAUGAGUUUGCUGAUUCCCAGUUUGGACAUUGUUUCUCCUGGGGCGAGGACAGGGAGGAUGCCAGAGAAAAUCUUGUGGUGGCCCUGAAGGAGCUGUCUAUCCGAGGCGACUUCCGCACGACCGUGGAGUACUUGAUCAAACUGUUGGAGACUGACACCUACCAGAACAACGGGAUCACCACCGCCUGGCUGGACAAACUGAUCGCAGAGAAAGUCCAGGCAGAGAAGCCUGACCUCAUGCUUGGUGUGGUCUGUGGAGCUCUGCACAUCGCUGACCAGGCAAUUCUCGGGGGAUUUCAGGAGUUCCAGACCUCUCUGGAAAAAGGUCAAAUUCAGCCGUCAUACUCCUUGAAGAAUUGUGCUGACGUCGAGUUCAUCUUGGAAGGGAUCAAGUUUAGACUGAAGGUUGUGAAGACAGGUCCCAUUGGUUAUCUGUUGGUUAUGAACCAGUCGACCCUUGACCUGGAGGCUCACAGGCUCAGUGACGGGGGUUUGCUGCUUUCUGUGGGAGGCUCCAGUUACACAACAUACAUGAAGGAACAAGUGAACAGUUACAGAAUCACCAUCGGCAAUCAGACCUGUAUACUGCAGAAAGAGAAUGACCCAACAAUUCUCAGGUCCCCAUCUGCUGGCAAACUUAUCAACUACCUGGUGGAUGACGGCGGCCAUGUUUUUGCUGGUGAUGUGUUUGCUGAGAUUGAAGUCAUGAAGAUGGUGAUGGAGCUCAGGGCCACAGAGAAUGGAUGCGUUCAUUAUUCAAAGAGACCUGGUGCUGUGCUGGAUGCUGGGAGUGUGGUGGCUUAUCUGACCCUGGAUGACCCCAGCAGAGUACAAAUGGCCAAGCUCCAUGAAGGCCCCCUGCCCACCCAGGAAAACACGGCUACCCAUGGAGACAAGCAGCAUCAAGUGUUCCAACGCGCCAAAGCCGACCUUGACAACAUUCUGUCUGGCUACAUCCUCCCCGAGCCUCAAUUCCGCGAACGUCUCAGUCAAACAGUCGGACGCCUAAUGAAGUGUCUCAAGGACCCAGCCCUGCCCCUGUUGGAGCUUCAGGACCUGAUCUCCAUGAUUCAAGGCCGAGUGCCCCAGCAUGUAGAGAAAUCCAUACGCAAGCUGAUGUCUUCCUAUGCCAGCAACAUCACAUCUGUACUGUGCCAGUUCCCUAGCCAACAGAUCGCUAGCGUGAUAGACACGUAUGCAGCCACCCUGAACAAGCGCGCGGACCGUGAUGUGUUCUUCAUGACCACACAAGGCAUCGUGCAGCUGGUACAGCGCUACAGGAACGGCAUCCGUGGACACAUGAAGUCAGUGGUGCAGGAGUUGUUGAGGCAUUACCUCAGGGUGGAGCUGCAGUUUCAGCAAGGUUCCUAUGACAAAUGUGUGUGUUCUAUCCGAGAGAAAAACAAGGAUGACAUGCUGUCUGUGGUACAGACCAUUUUCUCUCAUGUCUCAGUGCAACAAAAGAAUUCCUUGGUCAUCAUGCUCAUUGACCAUCUGUGUGGCAAAGAGCCUGGCCUCACUGAUGAGCUGGCCUCCAUCUUGAGCGAGCUGACGCAGCUGAACAAGUCGGAGAACUCCAAAGUGGCGCUAAGGGCCCGCCAGGUCCUCAUUGCAGCUCACCUGCCUCCCUACGAGCACCGGCACAACCAGAUGGAGUCCAUUUUCCUCUCCGCUAUCGACAUGUCUGGACAUGACUUCUGUCCGGAGAAUCUACAGAAACUGAUCAACUCAGAAACCGCCAUCUACGAUGUGCUGCAAGAGUUCUUUUACCACAGCAACGAGGCUGUGAGAAGGGCUGCUCUUGAAGUGUACAUUCGUCGUGCGUACAUCGCGUACGACAUGAACUGCAUGCAGCACAGUCAGCUGGAGGACGGCCGCUGUGUGGUGGACUUCAAGUUUCUGCUGCCUCGGUCGCAUCCCAACAGAAUGAUGGUGACCCGGUUUGAGAGUGGCCUGUUAAGACUAAACAGCACGGACAAGGACUCGGGCUCAGAGUCGGAGCAUUGGGAGGAACCGCCUGUCUGCCAGCGUAUGGGGGUCAUGAUGGCCUUCCAGAACGUGGAGGAGCUUAAACAGAACUUUGACACGGUUGUGGAGAGGUUCGAGUCCAUGACUCCACCAGGCAGCCCCCUGGUCUCUGACGCUGAGGAUGACUCCUCGACGCAGUCUAGUUCUAACAUGUCAGACUCAUUGACAGACGACCCGACGCAUAUCAUCAACAUCGCCAUCAAACGUCUCCACACGGACGAGGACGACAAGCUGGCCACACUCUUACAGGACUUUUGUCGCAGCAAGGAGGCAGCUUUGAACGCUAAAGGAAUCCGGCGUGUGACGUUUGUGGUAGCAAACAGCAGGGCCAUUCCAAAGUACUUCACAUUCAGAGCCAAAUUUGACUUCCGAGAGGACAGGAUCUAUCGGCACUUGGAACCAGCUCUCGCCUUCCAGCUGGAGAUCAACAGACUAAGAAACUUUGAACUGGAGGCGAUCCCCACCGCGAACCUCAAAAUGCAUCUGUACUUGGGAAAAGCCAAGGUGGCUAAAGGCCAAGAGGUGACGGACUACCGCUUUUUCGUCCGUUGUAUCAUCCGACAUUCCGACUUGAUCACAAAGGAGGCGUCUUUUGAGUACCUGGAGAAUGAGGGAGAGCGGACACUGCUGGAAGCCAUGGACUCCCUGGAGGUGGCUUUCUCACACCAGUCGGUGUGUGGUGACAACAAAGUUGUAAAGUCCUCCUCUGCCUUCAACAUAGACAUGUCCAAAAAGACAGACUGCAACCACAUCUUCCUCAACUUUGUACCCACGCUGACCUUGCAGGAACCGGGCAAGCUGGUAGAGACAGUGCGUAGUAUGAUCAUGCGCUACGGCUCACGACUCUGGAAACUGAGAGUUCUCAAUGCUGAGCUCAAAUUUACUAUCAGAAUCUACACGCUCGGCGGCGGUGCCAGCUUCCCAAUCCGAGUGUUCAUCACCAACGAGAGUGGAUACUACCUGGACAUCAGUUUGUACAGGGAGGUCACCGACCCCAGGACGGGACAAAUAAUGUUUGAGGCGUACGGAGAGAAACAAGGUCCCCUGCACGGUCUGCUCAUCAGCACCCCUUACUUGACCAAGGACCAUCUGCAGCUCAAACGCUACCAGGCUCAGUCCUCGGGCACCACCUACGUCUAUGACUUCCCAGAAAUGUUCAGACAGGCCCUGCUCAAGAUGUGGGAGUUCCACCAGAAGCUACACAAGAUGGAGUCCGACUCACGGCCUUUGGAUGUUGUCACCUGUAAAGAGCUGGUGUUGGGCAGUCAUGGUCAUCUCUGUACCCAAAACAGACUGCCAGGAGAGAAUGAGAUUGGUAUGGUUGCCUGGAAGGUGACCCUGAAGACACCAGAGUUUCCUGCAGGAAGGGAUAUAAUCCUCAUUGCCAACGAUAUGACACAUAAGAUCGGAUCUUUCGGCCCUCAGGAAGAUUUGUUGUUCAAGAGAGCCUCGGAGCUGUCUCGUAAGCUGGGCAUCCCUCGUGUCUACAUCUCAGCCAACAGCGGCGCUCGCCUGGGGGUGGCCGAGGAGAUCAAACAUCUGUUCAGAGUGGCCUGGGUUGACCCCAAGGACCCUGAAAAGAGUUUCAAGUACCUGUAUCUACGUCCUGAUGACUUUAAGAAAGUGAGCACUGUAAACUCUGUGAGGGCGGAACUCAUCGAAGACGACGGAGAAUCUCGCUACAAGAUCACCGACAUCAUUGGCAAGGAAGACGGUAUUGGUGUGGAGAGUUUGCGCAUGGCAGGAAUGAUUGCUGGGGAGACCUCACAAGCGUACAACGAAGUCAUCACCAUCAACUUGGUGUCAUGUCGUGCGAUCGGAAUCGGCGCUUACCUGGUGCGACUCGGUCAGCGUGUGAUCCAGGUGGAGAAUUCCUCCAUCAUCCUCACAGGGGCCGGAGCUCUCAACAAGGUGCUGGGUCGUGAGGUGUACACCAGCAACAGCCAGUUGGGAGGGAUACAGAUCAUGUACCAGAACGGCGUCUCUCACGCUGUCGUGCCCGACGACUUUGAGGGAGUCUUCAAAAUCCUCCAUUGGUUAUCCUACAUGCCUGUGAAACGAGGUGGACUCUUGCCUGUUCUGGAGCCCCUGGAUCCUAUAGAAAGAAACAUUGAUUUUGUUCCAACAAAAGCUCCGUAUGAUCCGAGAUGGAUGUUGGCUGGCAAGAAAGAGGGAGGCAGCUGGCUGUCUGGUUUCUUCGACCGCGGGUCAUUCGACGAGAUCAUGCAACCAUGGGCACAGACAGUGGUGGCGGGCCGCGCCAGACUUGGUGGCAUUCCUGUUGGUGUUGUUGCCGUGGAGACCCGGUCAGUAGAACUGAAUGUACCAGCUGACCCUGCUAAUGCUGAUUCAGAGUCAAAGCUGAUCCAACAAGCCGGCCAGGUGUGGUUCCCAGACUCGGCCUACAAAACUGCCCAGGCCAUCAAAGACAUGUCACGGGAGGAGUUGCCUCUCUUCAUGUUUGCCAACUGGAGGGGCUUCUCGGGAGGCAUGAAGGACAUGUACGACCAGGUCAUAAAGUUUGGCUCGUACAUUGUGGACGCCAUCCGGGAGUACAAGCAGCCGAUCUUCGUGUACAUCCCGCCGUACGGGGAGCUACGUGGUGGCUCGUGGGUGGUAGUGGACCCACUCAUCAACCCGGACUACAUGGAGAUGUACGCUGACUCUCUCAGCAGGGGUGGUGUAUUAGAACCAGAGGGAACAGUUGAAAUCAAAUUCAGGCGCAAAGACGUAGAGAAAUGUAUCCGCCGUCUGGACCCUGUGUGCAAAAACAUUGUGGAAAAGAUUUCCAGUCCAGAUCUGGAUGCAGAGAGUAAGGCAGCAUUGGAGCGACAGUUGAAAGACCGGGAGGAUAUAUUAAUCCCGUUGUAUCACUCCGUGGCUGUCAUGUUUGCCGAUCUCCACGACACGCCAGGCCGCAUGGAGGAGAAAGGAUGCAUCACGCAAGUGAUUGAGUGGUCCAAGUCACGUGAGUUCUUUUACUGGAGGUUACGGCGUAGGCUGCUAGAACACCGUCUCAAGAGACUGAUGAAGGAACAAUUGCCGGAGUCGAGUCAGGCCCAGCUCGACUCUAUGCUCAGCCGCUGGUUUGUGGAGGACCGGGGAACCAUCAAUAACAGUUGCAGGACAAUGCCCAAGACAACGCGGUCAUGGAGAACAUACGGUGUCUGCAAAGGGAACGCGUGCUGUCGGAGAUCAGGAGUCUGUUGAGCUCCAACCCUGAGGUGGCCAUGGACUCGAUCGUUUCGAUGACGCAACAGAUGAGCUCUAGUCAGCGGAACGAGGUAGCCCGUAUCCUGGCAAGUCUCAACUCACAGGAGGAGGAACAAGCCAAGGCCUCCUAGUGCAGUGUAGUGCUCUGCCAUGACUACUACCCUCCACCCUCCUCCCCCUCCCACCAAGUCCUCCGAACCCCUGUUGAAACAGACUCUAGACACUGUUGCAAGGAUAGUUUUUUUUAAACUUUGAUAUACUGCAUGAAUGAAGAUAAUAAAUGGAGCUGUGUGUGAGAGGUGUACGGAAACCAUAAAGUUUGUUGAAAGGGGAUGUGGAAGGAGAGAUGUGGAGAGGACGAACUACUAUCUGUAUUGUUAAAACUGGUGGAAUCAUCUUGUCACUCUUGCCUGCAGUUUUAAGAGAACACAACAUGAGGCAGCUGGAGAGUGGAACUUUCUGCCUGCCCUUUCCCCAUCCUCCCUUCCCCAGGCUGGAUUUUCAUGGUUUCGGCGAUCCUGUGUGACUGUUGUUGAGAGUGUAAUGUGUGAGAAUCUGUAUGAACAAAGGCGCAUUCCUUUUUUCUGCACAAAUAGUUGUGUGUGUGUUUUGGAUGUGUUCUUGGUUAUCCUUUUGUCUGUUGAUGCCGCAGAAGAAGUGGAGAUUGACUAGGGAUUUAUCCUGUGGGGAUUUUGUUUAUGCCUUGAUUGCUGUUCUAGUUGAGUGAUGGAGGUGUGUGGGAGAGAAACAGCUUAGCACAGUUGAUGCUUUUUUUCUUCUUUUAAUACAAUUUUUACUGGAAAUUUUCAGUAACAAGAUCGACUUAGCUGAAGAUAAAACUUCCAUUUUAAAAAAUUGAGUUUCAGUGUCCAGGCAGAGUCGGCAGGUCUAGCAGCCUUGGAGGACACUUAACUAUUUUUUUUUCGCAUCACAACCAUGAGCACCCUUAGCUUUUGUCCUUUGUAUUAUUACAGUGAGAGGAACACCCACCGAGUUCUCAAAGAACUGAUAUCCUGGGCAAUUGAUGUCAUGAUCUCGAAGACUUGAAAUUUGUUUGCAAUUUUGUGAAAUUAUGAGAUCUCAUAUAUCAAAUGAUACUCCUUUUGACUUUGACUGUCGGAGAUAUUAUUAUACUGAGACACUUACCUAGUUGGGAAGAUGAUGACAGAACAUGAAGGUGAUUUAUUGAUCAGGGAUUGGUCAGUUUUAUAACACUUUUGUAUCAUUAUAAUAUAGUGGAGAUGUAGGCAGCACAGAUAUUCAAGCAAAUCCAGUGUAGAAGGGGACAGUGAGAAGAAAUGGUGUGUUGAUUGUGAAUGAAUCCUGACUGGUUGUAGAGUGUAAAGAGUUCAGUAUGAGAGAGAGUGUGUGUUGUUUGUAGUAUACUGUGACACAUUAAUGACAAGUAAUAACCUCUUGUUCAGUGAUAUUAUAUCCCAUGUGUUUUUUGCUUAUUUUUGUUUGUUUGUUCCAUCUGUUUCUAUGGACUGUCUAUAUUGAGCAUUUACUUAAAAGUAUGUAGGGUUGGUUUUUCCAUUGACAACUGUGUUUCCACUAAUGUAAUAUAGAAUUUAGUUGUUCACUUAUUUUUUCUUUUUUUUUAUGUGUUGUAAUAUCAAUUUAUACUGCAUUGAGAACAAGCUUUUCCCUUGUGCUUACAAAUUUUAAUUGGAACUUUCCUUCUCCAAUGUAUUUAUUUCUGUGAAAAUUAUGUACUAGCCAGUGUCUCAACAAGUUGACAUAGCCAAAACUCAGCAUGUUUUGAAUAUGUGAAUGUUAUCCGUGAGUCAAAAAAAGAAAUUACAGAUCCCUAAGCUGGGCUUUAUCUGCUUACUGUGAAGGUUUAUAUGUUGUGAUACCUAUUCACUUUGUCUUGGCUGUUCUACAUUAUGUUAUGGGCGUUCUACAUUAUGUCAUGACUAUUCUACAUUGUCUAACCCAACAUUCAGCUCCCUGACUAUGCUUGUAUUUUCAGCUACAGUUACCUUUGUGUUCUAGAUAAUUUAAUACACAUUGAAAGACGUAUUUUUUUUUAAAGCAAAGGACAUGCUGAAGUAUUGUAUUCGUAUUGGGAAGUAAGGUUGUGUUAAUGUCUCUGCUUGCUCAAGGGGUGUGCAAGCUGAAUCACAUUCAGAAUGUUGCCUCCUUAUCCUUGCUUAGAAGUUGAAUUUUUUUUCAUAGCAACCUCAUUAUUUCUUUGUGCCAUUAUAUUUUAUUUAUUUCCCCUCUGCGUGAAUUAACAGAUGUAGAUGUCAAAUAGAAAACAGCUCAAUGAUGUUUGUAUUUAAAUGGACUUUCUUUUCCUGACCUUGUCUACUUCCCAGUGCUUCGGUUCAGCUGACCCAAUGCCUGCGACCCUUUGACUUAUAUUUCUGGAUUUAUUUGUGUCGGGGGGGUAGGGGGGGUUCCACCAAAUAGGAAAUAUUUUGAUGAAUUCUCUUUGUCUGUCAUUAUCUGUUUGUAUUUGAGCUGUCUUAUUUUCUUGCUCAUUUGCAUUCAGUGUCUGGUCCUCUUUCUUUUUUCUUUCCAAUAUAAGUGCAUGCGUGCAAAAAAGGACACACUGAAAUGCGCAUGCUCUUGGGCAUUAUUCUUUUGCAGUGAGUGUCAUUUCCUUUUGUUCACUGGAUGCUGCAAAAAACCAAAAAACAACUACAUUCCUUGUGCUACUCAUGGUAGGCGUAUUUGUUGUUUGUGUGUGAGUGUCCUGUGAGGGAAAGUCAAGACCUGCACAUUUGCGAAAUAUGCACUCUUUUGCCGGCAGCACAAGAAAGUCGAGCCUGACUUAAUGUGAUGUGGAUACCCUAAGAUGGAAUGCCUUGAUAUGGUGUGGAUAGCUUAAGACAGAAUGCCUUGAUAUGGUGUGGAUAGUCUAAAAUAUGGUGUGGAUAGCUAAAGACAGAAUGCCUUGAUAUGGUGUGGAUAGCUUAAGACAGAAUGCUUUGAUGUGGUGUGAAUAGUCUAAGAUAUGGUGUGAAUAGUCUAAGAUAUGGUGUGGAUAGCUUAAGACAGAAUGCCUUGAUGUGGUGUGAAUAGUCUAAGAUAUGGUGUGAAUAGUCUAAGAUAUGGUGUUGAUAGCUUACGAUAGAACGCCUUGAUAUGGUGUGGAUAGUCUAAGAUAUGGUGUGAAUAGUCUAAGAUAGAAUGCCUUGAUGCGGUGUGGAUAGUCUUAAGAUAAAAUGCAGGCUGAAGAGAUACUGGUGUUGCUGCACAAACAUGGACUUUGGGGCCCAGUAUGGUCUGCUCUUAGCGUCUGUUGACCUGAUCUCUGUCAUGGAAAAUAUUUUAAUGGGCGCAUUGUCCUUUUAUGACAUCAACAGGAUAUUAUUAUUUGAAAGAAUGCCUUGUUUGUUGACACCCAUCUUGUUCCGCCAGUUUUCUAUUGUUAGCACUUAUGACAUUUAUAUAGUAUAUUUAUUUCAUUUUACAGCACUGAGCUCAUCGUAUGUGAAACACUAACGUUCAAUAAACUUUUACCUCAGGAAGUUGUUCAGUUCAUUGUUAAAGCAGGGAUACCUGUGUUUUAUUCCCUCAAAUGUGUACGGUUCAUUGGGGUCGAGAAUAGUUUGCAUACUUGGUGAUAGUGAUUGACCGGUUGAAGUUUACCACUUCAGUUUGCCCAGCAGUUUUUAUUCUGACUUUUUCUAUCAGUCAUUAUCAUGAGUAGAGUACUGUAGAGUUUGUAUUGCGAAAAUGGCUCUUGCAUCAGACUUAUGAGUUUUCUUAUAGAUUUCAGACAAAUCAAAAUACACAGGCUUGAUUAUUUUUUUUUCUUCAUUUUGUAUAAAUAGCCUAUUUAUUUUUCUUUGAUUCGUCUGAAUUUCUACCAGCAUCCAUUGUUGAUACAUGGAGGGCAUUGAUUGUUUGAUUUGUUACUUGUCUUCUUGUUUCUCUAGCUGGCACUUUAGGACAGCACUUUCAACGUCCCAGCAUAGUGUGUGAAAUUAAUGUAAGUUGUACUAUUUGACAGUUAUCAUUUUGAAGGUAAUCCUUUUCUAGGUAUAUAUGGCUUCUUUUUCAUUUUUUUAAAGUUUUGAUUAUUCACCAUGACGAUCUGCAACUUAACUGGGCAAUGAGUGUUGUCCUAUAUUUCCCACAUUGACAAUGAGUACAACACAAGGUGAAUUUGUUUUAGCUUUGACUGCUGAUUAUGUUGUCUUCUGGGACCACAUAUGGAAGUCUGUAUGUGUCUCUCUAGGGAGUUUGACUUUGCAAUAGUUUUAAGACUGGUGACUUCGUAGGGGCUCGCUUGUCCUCAAGAUAUUGAGCAUGAAAUGUCAAGAGUUACUCUUGGUUCCCGUGUUUUGAAUGAAAAAUUUGCCUAGACCGGUGUUUGUCAAUUUUCCCACACAGUAUUCUAUGUUUAUUCCACCUGGACCAAGAAGCAUCUGUUGUUGCGUUAUGUAUUAAUUAGAAUUUUGUGUUUUUUUGUAUUUACAAUUGAAGCUCUCUGUUACUUGGUCCAUGUGUUAUUGAAGCUCUGUUGUUACUUUGUUAGAGUGUUAUUGAAGCUCUGUGCUCUAUUACUUUGCCAAUAUGUUACCAGUUUUUUUUUCUUUUUGCUUGGACCAUCACUAAUUAUAAAGAGUAAUAUAAAUCACCAAAUAUGAACUGAGGGCAGUAUAGGGAUAAAUAACUGUUUGUUUACUAUAAUUUAUGUGUUUUAUGAUGAGUAAAGUAACUGGGUGAUUGUUAGUGUCUAUUUCUCUCUAGCCUUAGAAGUGUUUAAAAAGACUAAAAAAUAAGGUUGUUUGUGGUUAAUGUCUAUUGCCUGUAACUAGUUCGUUUCAUUUCACAUCCCCCCUCUGUAUUCUCUGUUGGGCUGACAGGGUGUCGUAUAUUCACAUGGUAUGCAGAUCAAGAUCUCUUUGGCCGCGAUGUUGUGUGACAGAAGUUGAAGUGAUUGUGCUUAGUGACAAAAUAAAAUGACAUUGUUGGGUUGACUGUUUUUUUUCAAGAUAUAUAUACUUAUUUUAUGCUCUUGUUUACAGACAGUUUUCAUUGUGUUGUUCCUGUUUACAGAUAAAGUAUGAUGAUGACCACAGAGAGGUCAAAUAAAAGUAUGAACUUAUCAGU